AUGAAUCCUUCAAGGAAUUUGAACGAAGGAGCAGAUUUAAUGAGUUUGGAGAAUGAUGGUGGAUAUAUCAUCAUGUUGUCCGGGAAGAAAAAGAAAGGAAGGAAAGGGAUGGGCAAAAAUCAGGUAUUUGAAAAGCUCGAUACAUUGAACAAGCCUGAAUUAAGCAAAUCCCGGAAAAGAAAAGAAGGAAAAGGAAAUGCUGCUAUCGGAAAGCAUGGAGAAGUUGGAUUAAGAAUAUUGCCUUUCGGCCUUCUUUUGAAGUACAAGAUUGGGGAGGAUGUGUCACUUAUGAGGUCUUCGAAGAACGUCGGUCAGGUUGAAACUGUUCGUGGAAAGAGGAGAAGAGAAGUUGAGUUUGCUAAUGCGGGUUUACAAUUGCCUGAUAGUGAUCAGCCUUUUGCGAAGAGGAGAACCGAAAAUGCAUAUCACGGCGCUGAAGUACUUGAGGACAAAACCCAAUCACCAGCUAGUUAUUUACAACCAUGUUUAGCAGAACGGGUGAUCCUUAACGACACGUCCAUCUCUGUUCGAUCUUCUGAAAAUGAAGUAUGUGAUAGUCCACCUGUUAUUUCUGAUGGGUGUGGUGUGCUUUCUGUAUCAAGGAAGUUGCUAAUGAGUCUAUUGGAAAAUCUUUGUUAG